AAGAGACCUCGAGAGGAGUUCGAGGUUCUCCAAUGGCGACGAUGGCGCCGUCGAUGCCGGAAGUGAUCUCGCUGAUGCGCUCGUUGCUUCGUACGGCGGCCAAGUUCCCCGACUACAACAUCCGGGAGUACACCCGGCGCCGCGUCAUCGAUGCUUUCCGUGAGAACCGUGCCAUCACGGAUGCUUCAUCGAUCGCUGUGGCCUUUGCGGAGGGGAAGUCCCAGCUCGAGGUCGCCAAGAGGCAAGCCGUGGUUUACUCCCUAUACGCCCCCAAAAUCAAGAGCGUCAUGGAGAUUGAGAGCCUCUGAUGGAUUCAGAGUUGCUGCCUCACGGUCGCCCCUACAAGAAACUAGUUUGAAUAAGCAUCUCAAAGGAAACCAAACCCAAUGCCUGUAGUAGUAAGCAAACAUGAAUGCUACCUAUCUUUUUCUCCGGCCCUUCUUUAUUCAUCGAUGUAAAUUUUCUUCUGUUUGGAGUUACAAGGCUACUUGUCCACUUAUUUCUUUGCUAUCUCUGUGGUUAAAAAUUGGGAUGUAAUGUACAACAAGAGAGUCCCAGAACCUUUGCAGUUAUUUAUGGGCACUGUUCUCACAUUUUACUGUUUAAGACCAGGAUGUACUUCAGUUGGAAUUAAUACAUAUUCCCACUUGCAGUUGUUUCUCAGA